AUGAGAACUCCAGAUCUGUCCUCUUUUGAGCAUAUGAGCUACACCAGCCCGCCGCAGUAUCCUUUGGGGUCCCGUAUCGGAUGUUUUGAGACCGGUUCUGAAAACAACGGCUUCGACGAACCUCCUCCAGCACCACUUGCGCCCUCUUCGACUGUCCCACCCCCGCCUCUCCAAUACCGCACGAUCAAGCCUCGACUCAGUGGACACGGCACAGUGCCGACAACCCCACAGGAAAAUUUGGCGAGCUUGAGCCAGCCCGACUCGACGCAGAUGCCGGCAUCAUCUCUUGUACUAAACCCAGGAGCGAGAGGUUUGAACCGCCAAGUCAUCAGAAACUGCCACAGAUCCUAA